AUGAGAGCGGGUUUCGAUGAUGUUGGGUACGCGGAGAUUUUGGCACGCGUUCCAGAACGAGACCUUCCGGCGUACCAGGCGCUGUAUCGCGCCGUUGAGUUCCAUGAUCGUGGAGAAAUCGACGCAGCGAUCUCCCAAUAUCGUGUGGCAAUAAACAUGACGAACGACCUGGCAUCCGCGUGGUUGAACUUGGGGCUGGCCCUCGCCAUGCUCGACCGUGAGGAUGAAGCUAUCGACGCCUACAAGGUUGUUAUCAAGCUACCAAACGCGUUGCCCAUUGAGGUAGCUUCGGCGUACUGCAACCACGGGCACUUGGUGCAAACGCGCGCAGGAGAAGACUAUGCUCUACUCGCAGAAGGGAUUUCACUGUUCCAAAGGGGUCUCGAGAGGGUACCGGACCACUCAACCUGCUUGUAUAACUUCGGCCUUGGAAUGGAAAAGCUCGGCCGAUACCCGGAAGCGAAGAACCUGUACACCCGAGCCGUGGGUUUGGACCCCUUCAUGGGAAACGCCCACCUCAAUCUAGGAAAUAUCGCCUUUCGGCAGGCCAACUGGACGGAAGGGAUACUUUGCUAUGAAAGAGCGCACCAGAGCCCGGACGCAGACCAGCGCCUGCUCACGGUUAGCAGCUUCAUGCUCGGACAGCUGCAUCGUCACGGCAUCGGGAACGUACGGAAGGCCGUCGAGUACUACAAGAGGUCGUACGACACCGACAACACCUACAAGGAUGCCCUCUGCGCCAUCCUCCAGUCUCUUCGAUCGCUUUGCCUGUGGGAAGGGUGGGAGUCCCUCGAGCCCCGGGUAGCGUCUGCCAUCAUGGAUCAAGUUUCGUCGGGCAAGGAGCCCGGGCCCCAGUCCCCCUACGAGACGCGCUUGACAGGAGAACUCAAGCCAUCCCAGCACCUGGGGUUGGCCCGGCUGGCGUCGCAGCAAUUCGACCGUGUCGAGCGUCUGCCCCUUCCGGAGGACCACACACGGAGGCUCUCCUUCCGACAGGGAGAAGCAUUGGGACAAGGGCGCGGGCUCCAGCAAGACUCGAUCAGCUUCGACGAGUGGCUGAGAAGGCAGGGCAUCGAGGCAGGUGACGGCAACGGAGAGGAGGCGGGGCCGCGUGGGGGUGCGUCGGUGAGAAGGCGCGCGGCAGCAGGAGGCGGGCUCGUGGUGGCGUACUGGAGCUACGACUACCGCGACCAUGCUAUGGGACACCUGACCAGAGGGCUGUUCUGUAGCCACCAGGCCCACAAUCGAGUAUUCGCUGUGGCCGCUUCGUACGGACACGACGACGGGAGCCCCGUGCGUCGCAGCGCAGAGAACUGCGCAGGAAAAUUCCUGGAUGUUUCUUUGGCAGGACACGCGGAGUCCGCCAAGGCAGUAGCGGCCGAGCGGCCCGAGAUCUUUGUCGACCUCAUGGGACACACGACGGGAGCGAGGCCCGGCAUUCCGGCCCUGAAGCCGGCUCCAGUGGUGGCGAGUUACCUAGGAUUUCCCGGAACGGUAGGAGCUGAGUACACCGACUACACCAUCGCUGACAGGACGACCGUCCCGCCCGAGCUGGCAAACGUCGGGUUCUCAGAAAAAAUGGUCUACCUUCCCCACAGCUACCAGGUCAACAACUACAACGUGUCGUACGGUUUUUGCCCCGGGGGGGAAGGUCUUGGAGAAUGCCAGGCUUCCGUCAGGCAAGAUUUUUGGCCCGUGUAG